AUGUCCAGCUCCGCGGCCAGCACAGAUGUGUUGUGGGGUCAGAGCUGUCUCCCUCCAUCUCUUACAUAUGAGCGCGCCAACAUCCGCCGCAGUCGCCAUAUUCCCCGAGCAGGAGUGAAUCACUGCUCGGGAGUGCUCGGGUUCACUGUGGUUUGGACAGAAAUGGAUCUCUGCCGUGACGCCGAGCUGCGGCCCCUUCUCACGACACUCACCUCUGCAGCCGAACGCCAACAGAAAAUCCAUUUGCGGCCCUUAUUGAUCAUGGCAGUGGUCAGGCCAUCUGAUAGCAGCGUGUCGCAGGCUUCAGCUCUGCAGGAGAGCUCCAUAGAUCAGGCCAGCAUCAGGCAGCAGGGGCCCUCAGCACACAUCACAUCACACAAAUACAAUGAGGCCUGGUCUGCUCCACGCCAGAGCCCGGCGGCAGAUGGAGCGUACGUCAGCGACAUGAGGCUCAGCGCGGCGCACACUCCAGAGCCUCCUUCCUCCUGA